CAGAGGCUACGGCACUCGAAAGGCAGCCUCGACGUUCUCUAUUUCAAGUUCUCCGACAAGGUGGUCCAGCAUCGCGUGACGAGGGCGGAGUUAUCCCUGUGGAUAUGGGGGAGUAACCAAGAGUCCUCGGAACUGGACGAGACCGGUGGCGAUUUGGAGAGCGCGGAGAGUCACGAGGACGGUCCGGUGACGAUCACGUUGCAGAGGAUCCUCCGUGGCACCACGGAAACCGGCGGCCCGUCGUUUGGCCCGCCAUUGACCACGAAACAUCCGCGGCCGAUCGGUUGCAGAGGCAACUGGGUAACGAUCGAGCUGAGAAGAAUGGUCGCCGAAUGGUUCAAGCAUCCGCGGGACAAUCUAGGAGUAGCGCUGAAGAUCUCCAGCCCCGGUGCUAAUCAUCGCAGGAACGCGAAAUUGGUCGAGACUAAUCCCGGGGCCGAGUACGCGCCGUACCUCGAAGUGCAAACGCAAGAACUCGACUCCAGAAGGGGGGCCAGGAUCAAGAGAAACGUAGGACUUAAUUGCGACGAAGCCAGCCAGGAGACCAGAUGUUGCCGAUACAAGCUCACCGUGGACUUCGAGAAAUUUGGCUGGGAUUGGAUAAUCGCUCCCAAGAAGUACGAUGCCAAUUACUGUUCGGGCGACUGUCCGAUGGCCUUUCUGCCAGCGUACCCGAACACCCACAUUGUCAGCUUGGCGGAACCGCCUAACAACUCUGGUCCCUGUUGCGCCCCGAGAAAACUCUCCGAGAUCACGAUGCUGUACUUCGAUAACGAGUAUCAAAUCGUGUUCUCGCGAUUACCAGGCAUGGUCGUCGAGAGAUGUGGAUGUUCA